ACUCAAAAUUGCUUCUACACCAACUUUUUUAUGAUUUGUUGAUAUUAAAUUUCUUGAAUCCAACGAGCUUGAAUCUUAAUUAAAGAAUUGCUUUAAUUUUGUUGUAAAGAGCUACAUGAUUGUGGCAGUACUUUUAUAAGGAAAAUAAUUUAGCAUUAAGUUUCAAAAAAUAGAUAGUUUUUUAGUGGUGUUAGCAGAAUUACUCUCCUCGGAGUUUCAGGAAUUACUAGAAUAUUAUUGAUUCAAGUGAAAUUUACGUUAGAGUAAAAAUAAAUAAAAUGCCUUUACCGGCUGCCUUAUUAUCACGACUCAAAAAGCGUGGCAUUGUAAAACAAGUUGAACCGGAAAUUGAGGAAGAAGUUAUAGCUGAAGACUAUGAUGACAAUGAAAACAGAAUGGAUACUCAAAAUGGUGAUGUGGACUUGACUACUGAAUUGAAAGAACCGUGGGAUGGUUGCCCAAAUAAGUGGAAUAUAUAUCAUGAUUGUACAGUAUUCUGUAAAGAAACCUGGGGUUUUGGAAAGAAGCAGCCAUCGCCUAAGUCAGAAAGAAAACGUUUAGCAAUGCUGAAGAAAUAUCCUCUUCCAAAUGGAUGGGAAGAAACUUAUGAUCCUGGAGCAGGUAGAUAUUACUACUGGAAUACAGCUACAGGUGAAGUUGCUUGGCUAUCUCCUUCUCAUCCUCGCUGCAAAAUUUCUCCACCUGCUGAAAAGCUUCGAGCUGUCUUGAAAGAAAAUUUCCUUGAGCCAAUGGAUGAAGGUGAAGAUCAAGAUCAAAGUGAUUCAGAAGAUUCUGAGGAUGAAGACAAUGAGCUCAAUGAAGAAAGAAACAGAAUGGAAAGACAGCGUAAAAGAGAUUUGGGCAGAGAAAGAGCACGAGGUGAUUAUACAAAAAACUUAAGUCCUUUAACAUUGAUUCCCUUCGUCAACUAUGAAAGCUUUUUUACCGAACUUAUAUGCUUAGUCAAAUUUUUACUUUACAGAGGUACUUGGUCAUCUGGAUUAGAUCGCAAAGGUGAGGCUAAAACUGGUGCUGACACUACUGCUUCUGGUCCUUUGUACCAGAUGAGGCCUUAUCCAAGUCCUGGAGCAGUUUUACGCUUGAAUGCCGAAAUAAAAAAUAAAGAUGCUUCAGAUGAUGAAGAAGAUUAACUGUAAUUAUUCAUUGCAUUAUUUUAUAUUGUACAUAGUACCUCAGACUUUGUAAUGAUGCUGCUGUUCAUUAAAUCCUUUUGUCACCUUA